AUGCGUUGGAAUCGUGAGCAAAGUGGAGAGAUGGAAGUACCAGCUGAGCGACGACUGAGUGAGCCACUGAAGCGCCGCUUUGUGUUGUGUCUGAGAGACGUAAUCUUCAUGGGCAUCUACGCCAAGAGCAGCACUGCCAUGACCUUCUCGCUGUCAACCCUUCAAGGUCUUGCCUAUUUGGAACCCCAUCUGAUCCUCCCCGGGGCCUUGCAGAGAAUCUAUCCCGCUCUACAGGGUCUGGUCGAGGUUCACCGGACAACAUCCUCCCUGCGCGCCAUGCAAGUACUAUCCCGCGUCAUCACUCGAACUAAGGGGCUACCGUUGUCAUAUGACAACUCUCCUUGGUCUUUCUUUGCCUGGUAUCGAUGCCAAUGA